AGGUUGGCCAAAGUUAGUUCUGCAAGUUAGUUGUCUUGACUCCAUCGGAAGAGCCUGGGUCGUUGGUUAUGCUUGCUGCAGCUUACCCGUAGUGCCUGGACAUCAUGUAUUAGACGUGCCCUGCUGGUUACCUAUAGCUACUACAAUUCGAGAUCGUGUUCGAGAAUACUUCCUUGGAGGAUCCCAUCAACUUCUUCAAACUGAUAUUGUUAAUUUAGGAACAGAUAGGUUCAAACUGAAAACUCAGUCCAAAGGUGUAGUUAAUUUGAAAAUAGAUUUAGUGUUAAGAAAUUUCACACAAUUUGGAGUAGAAUAUAAGUAACAAUGAAAGUGUUUGCAUAUCUUGCAUUUACUUUGCUUUCCAUAGUUAUACAAUUUUGUGUAAUGGAUUUAACCCAUGAUAAAAUUGGAUUCGAUGAUGAACAAACUGAUUUCAACAUUACUAGUCAGAAAAAGAAAUUUCAAGAAUUGAUGAAUGAUUUUACCCAAAAGCCCCAUGCUUUAUAUUACCGAACACACUUAAAUGAUCAGCGAAAGGAAUUAAACUUUAUGCCUUCUACUAAAACUUAUUCAAAUACUUCUAUGCAAAGAAUAGAAAUAUCCACUAUAAUUUCCAGUACUAUACUAGACGAAUUGUAUGACGAAAAUGUAUCUACCACAGAAGACACAUUUACAACUGAAUCAUUGUACACAAGUACUGAAAUAGAUAAUGUCACUGAAAUAAGCUUUUUUGAGAAUAAGAAUCAAUCAGUAGUGAAACCAACGAUUCCUAAGAAAUCUAUAAACAAAGAUUGUGGGUGUAACUUAUUGUACAAUGUGUGUGAUAUUAACUGCUGCUGUGAUAAUGAUUGUUCUGAGGCUGAAAAAAAUAUAUUUGUAAACUGUAAAAAUACUCUUAAGAGAAAUGACCUGAAUCUCCAUUCAUGUUACCCUUAUGAAUUUUUCUCAUACCAAGAGAGCAGUCUAGUAGAGAAUUUAUUCUGUAUUGUUAAAACUAACUUACCUGAAAAACGUAACAAGGACUUAAAAAAGUUUGACAGUGAUGCAGUUGCUCACUCAUAUAAGUGGCACAGUGGGGUAUAUUCAAAACAUACAGAGUUCCAAAAAAAGCCAUAUGUGUAUGGUGAACCUGUGUGGGUAUUAAAAGAUGGGUCUAUUUGGUAUAUUGAUACACCAUCUACAACUAUAAAUAAUUACUGCACUGGUAGAAAGCCUAUAUUAUUUUUGAAAAAUGAAAAAAUUAAGUGCAUUGUCAAUUUGAAAGAUUUAGAAAUGUUUAAAAUUCUUAAAACACCACAAGAAGCACCCUGUAUAAGUGUGACUGAAAAAUCCAUGAACACCACUGCUUUGAACUGUUCGACUUUACAUUGCACCAAUUGGACAAUCACUGUUUGUAAAGGUAUUGAGUGUGUUGAUUAUAAUAAGAGCUUACACGACCCUACUUGCACAGAAACCUCCUGCACAAAUCUUGCGCUGAAGUUGGAAUAUGUAUUCUAUUACCAUGAUUCUAAGAUCAUAAAUGCAACUAUAAAAUUAUUCACUCAAAAUAUAUCAUUGGAUGUCCCAUACAUGACACAACAAAUAAAUGUAAGAUUUAUAAUAUCAAAUGUAUCAAUGGAGAAAAUAAUUGAGAUAAGUGGGAACCCUGGUUAUAUUCAUGGUCACCCUGUUAUAUCAUCGUCUGCAGAAGCUAACAGAUCAUUGAACUUUUUCAAUAUCACAUCUCCAGACAGAAAAUAUCUGGUGCAGUCCAGUAAUAAAGAUGGAGUUUGUAUGUUGUCCAAUACAGAGAAUAAUUAUAUUAUGUUUGGAUUAAACAAAAGAAUAAAGUGUCGGUAUAUUUAUAACAAAGGUAUUGGAUCGCAAAAUGGUACGAACCUUUGCAAUGACAUUGAGAGUCAUAUGGAACAGGAGUUUGGAUUAAAUAACAAAUUAUUUGUUUCACCCCUUGGGAACCCUUUAGACAUCAAAGACAGUGAUUGGGUCCCCAUCCAGAAUAAUCUCGAUAAGAAAGAAAUAACAUAUGGACAGUUUGUGACAAAGAAUUCUAAGCUUCGUUGUUACAAUGUGAUCACUAGAAUCUCAUAUAUUUUUACUUACGCCGAUGUGAGUUUGGUAACAACUAAAAGGGAAAAUAAAAUAAUAUCUGUCAACAUUAACGUUACAACCCAAAACGUAACGUUUACUUUCGAUGAUAUAUCGACAGUGAUAACAAUCGAUAUCAAUUUCAUCGAUGGAACCAAACCUCGAGUCUACGAGUACGCAGCUGGUCCUCACCUUGAUAUUCAUUUGCCUAAAGACUUCUUUUUCCCUUUUCCAUCAAAUGGAUUCCAUGUGACAAAACAAUGUUCGAACCUCAUAUUGAUGUGUUAUAUUGUGUUGUUUCAAAUAAAAUAAACUUGCUGGUAAUAA